ACUCUUUAUACUUUUGCAGUUGGAGGAGGUGUUCCUGUAGAAGAGCAGCCAGAUGUGAGCGCAGUGUUGUCUGCCUACAAGCAGCAGGGAGACCCAGCGCUGUAUGAGGAAUACUACAGUGGACUGAAGCACUUUAUUGAGUGUGCCUUAGACUGUCAUCGGGCUGAAUUAUCCCAAUUGUUUUAUCCUCUCUUUGUGCAUAUGUAUUUGGAAUUGGUCUACAACCAGCAUGAGAAUGAAGCAAAGUCUUUCUUUGAAAAGUUUCAUGGGGAUCAAGAGUGUUAUUAUCAGGAUGACAUGCGUGUAUUGUCUAGUUUAACCAAAAAGGAACACAUGAAAGGGAAUGAGACCAUGCUGGAUUUCCGAACAAGCAAAUUUGUCCUGCGCAUUUCUCGUGACUCUUAUCAGCUCUUGAAGAGACACCUUCAGGAAAAACAGAACAAUCAAAUCUGGAACAUUGUUCAGGAGCAUCUCUACAUCGAUAUCUUUGAUGGAAUGCCUCGCAGUAAACAACAGAUUGAUGCCAUGGUGGGAAGCUUGGCAGGGGAGGCUAAACGGGAGGCUAAUAAAGCAAAGGUUUUCUUUGGCUUAUUAAAAGAACCAGAGAUUGAGGUGCCUUUGGAUGAUGAAGAUGAAGAGGGAGAAAAUGAGGAAGGAAAACCAAAGAAGAAAAAACCUAAAAGAGAUAGUAUGGGAUCAAAAAGUAAAAAGCAAGAUCCUAAUGCUCCUCCACAAAACAGAAUUCCUCUUCCUGAGCUAAAAGACUCUGACAAGUUGGAUAAAAUAAUGAACAUGAAGGAAGCCACAAAACGUGUGCGUCUUGGUCCAGAAUAUUUGCCUUCAAUCUGUUUCUACACAUUCCUUAAUGCCUACCAGGGUCUUACUGCAGUGGAUACCACUGAUGACUCCAGCAUGAUUGUAGGAGGUUUUGCCGACUCCACUGUGAGAGUAUGGUCUGUGACACCAAAAAAGCUACGCAGCGUGAAAUCAGCAGCAGAUCUCAGUCUCAUAGACAAAGAAUCAGAUGAUGUCUUGGAGAGGAUCAUGGAUGAGAGAACUGCAAGCGAGUUGAAGAUUUUAUAUGGUCACAGUGGACCUGUCUAUGGUACCAGCUUCAGUCCUGAUAGGAACUACCUCUUGUCCUGUUCAGAGGAUGGCACUGUCAGAUUGUGGAGCCUUCAAACAUUCACAUGCCUUGUGGGAUAUAAAGGCCACAACUAUCCAGUGUGGGAUACACAGUUCUCUCCCUAUGGAUAUUACUUUGUAUCAGGUGGACAUGACAGAGUGGCUCGCCUGUGGGCUACGGAUCACUAUCAGCCUUUACGGAUAUUUGCUGGCCACCUUGCUGAUGUCACAUGUACACGGUUUCACCCCAACUCCAACUAUAUUGCCACAGGCUCGGCAGACAGGACUGUACGACUCUGGGAUGUUCUGAAUGGGAAUUGUGUAAGAAUCUUCACUGGACAUAAGGGACCAAUUCAUUCAUUAGCAUUUUCUCCUAAUGGACGAUUCCUGGCUACUGGAGCAACAGAUGGAAGGGUGCUUCUCUGGGAUAUUGGCCAUGGUUUGAUGGCGGGAGAAUUGAAAGGGCAUACUGAUACAAUCUAUGCACUCAGAUUCAGUCGAGAUGGGGAAAUUUUAGCAUCAGGCUCAAUGGAUAACACAGUCCGGCUAUGGGAUGCUGUGAAAGUAUUUGAAGACUUAGAAACUGAUGAUUUUACUACAGCCACUGGACAUAUAAAUCUGCCUGAAAAUUCACAGGACUUGCUUUUGGGUACAUAUAUGACCAAAUCAACCCCAGUCAUACACCUCCAUUUUACCCGUAGAAACUUGCUACUAGCUUCAGGAGCAUAUAGUCCACAAUAAACCAUGAAGCUGUAAGACUGUGCGAGUCAAUGCAGUAAGGACCUCAGGAUUACUACAGAAUUUGAAACAAGGAGAAGUAUCUUCUACAAAUGGACAGCAUUAUCCAGUUGGUGGGCAAAACUGUAAAUUAAGAUCCAAGCAGUGUUUUCUGUUUCAUAUGUAGCCUCCAUUUGAAAAUGCUGGAAAUUGAGAAGGUAUCACAGUUUUAAGGGAAGGAAUUGUUAUGGUGGGAUUUUUUUAUAAAAAAUAAUUAUGGAAAUGUGCAUCUCUUCCCUACCAGGAGAAAUAGUAAUGGACUCUGCUAAAACUUCAAUUUUUGGUAAGUUAAGGGUCUCAGUAUGUGUUCUUGAACAGUUUUUUUAAAAAGCGCUUAGGUUACUGUUGGUAAACUUUUAAUCAGUCUGACAGGCAAAAAUUAUUCAGAUGAUUUCAGAAGAGAUGAAUUUAGGAGAACUCCUCAUAACCUGUGCUGAGUAAAAAGUAUUUGAGGGCCAGUACAUUACCUUUCCAUUCCCUACUUGUGGUAGAAGCCAUUUGUUUUACCUUUAUUUCUUUGAUGUAUAAUGAAAAAUGUUUGAACUUCUUUGCUUGUUUUAUACCCUAGAAAUGCAGCUUUUUCUCAUCACUGCAUUUUCCAGAGUGGCUGAAAAAAUCAUGACUUGCAAGUUACUCAAGGCAUAAAAACUAAGCAUUUGUAUGGGAGAAGUCAGAAGGGACUUUGGAAUAACUGAAAGUACUUUUAUCACCUAUUUAAAAAGUGCUCGAUAAAGGAACAAGAGUGGGCAUAUGCCAUUUUAUGACAGUUUGAAAAAAUGUUAUAUUUAAAUCUGCUUAUGUUUGGGAAAUUCAGGAUCUGCAGAAUCUAGAAAAUUGAGAGAAGUGAAGUAGAAAAAAAAUUGAAAUGAUUGAAAGUUAAGGUUUAUUUACAUUCUUCUAUAAGAAGCCUUUUGCUAAGAUUCAUCCUUGAUCCCUUCUGUUAAGGUAAUCUUCUCCCAGUAAUCAUCACUGAUAUCACUUGCAACCCUUCCUGCAAAACUAGCAGUCCUGAGAUUCUUGGUAUUUCUAAGGUGAAAAAACAAGUGGCAAAUUCUUUUUUUAAUCCCUUCUUGUGUUUUCUAUAACAGUUGAAGCAGCAAAAAGACACACGCCCAAUUUUUCAAUCUUUUGCAGGUUACCCGGGAGGAAAGCUCUAGUCACCAUCUGCAUCACUUCAUUUAGGGAAUUAGCGCUCACAGGCCAAACACAGUAAUUUAAUAAAAACAAGGAAGGUAAGAUUUGAUGUUUCUAAGGUAAAGCAGCUAGGGGACACCCUCCCUCACAAAGGCAGCAGCUUUUCAACAAGUGCAGAAACUUCAUCAGCAGGGAGCUCGCCUUUAAGAGCAUAUAUUUAGGGG